AUGGCUUCUCUAGCUCAGCCUAAGCCUUACAGUUACUACCCUGCCCCAGGCUCGGUGGAGCACGCCAGCAGGCCGGCACCCAACGAGGGCCGAGCAUCGUUCGGGCCAGUGCUCGUCGUGCUGGCGGUCAUCUCUUUCCUCUCCUUGGCUGCCUGCGUCGCCGGGCGCAUAUGCAGCCGGGGGUCGUCGUCCAGGCGGAACUCCCCUUCCGAACAGCAGAGCGCAGACCCUGAGAAGGGUUUCAACACGGACUGUCCGACAGUGAUGAGGCCCGUGCCGAGCUCCCGUGCGGCUGUCCACGACGUACACGAUGCGUUCGAGAUCAAGGUUGUCCCACCGAAGCCGGCGGGAUGGGAGGCAACUGGCGGCGGCCACGGCAUCAGACUGCAGGCGCUGCCACAACUGCGACCGUACACUGCAGCAAGAGCCGGAGCAGCAGGUUUCAGGGGUCCGGCGACUGGAAAUGGUGGUGCAGUGAGGCAAGCACAUCCGCAGGUGAGGAGUGGAGUGCCGUUCGCUCCUCCGCAGCAACGUAGAUGA